CCAGAUGGAUUCACCUGGGUGCACAUGCACCAGACAUGGCUGGAAGGUUCUAGAGCAAGAGACCAGACAGCCUGGUGUUUCUAGGUUGCCAAUCAAGUCACCAUUGAUCCUCCAAUAAAUCUUUCCUGAAGAAGAAGAAGAAGAAGAAAGAAUUCAAAUCCUUAAGCAACAGAGAUAUGGCAAUGAGACGACGACAAUCUGAGGCGGUUACUACAGCCCCUCCACCACAAGCAGUCCGUCCCGUUUAUGAGGAUUUCCAGCCAAAAUUCGAACGGAAGCAAGAAGCAACAGAAGAUACCAUAGAAGUUCAUCUUCCUGGUUUUGUGAAGGAGAGUAUAAAAAUCACAUACGUGAACUCCACUCGUACGCUAAGGAUUCAGGGAGAGCGGCCUCGUCAAGACAAUAGAUGGAGCCGUUUCAACCAAACUUUCACAGUUCCAGAAAAUUACGACGCCGAGAAAAUUCAAGGAAAGUUUCUAAGUGGGAUUCUAACCAUUACAAUUCCCAAGAAGAUCGUAGCAAGAGUUGCUCCUGCUGCAGAAGACAAAACGGCAAAAGGAUCUCCAAGCCCUCCAAAGUCUACUCCCCAACCAAAGCUUCCAGAGGUUCCACAGCAGAUUCCUCCUACGUCUGCUGCUUCAACUUCUGGGGUUGGAAAACAAAUGGAGGAAAAGAUCGCUCGACCUCCGAGUCUCAAGAGUGCUACCACCGAGCCAAAAGUGGGAAAGGGUGUGGAAGAUAUUCCCCCAAAAGCAGCUUCAACUGCCAUUAACGAAAGACAAAGGGUUGUGGAGAGUAGCCAAUCUCAGAGCCCACCGGGAGCCACGGCGACCACAGAGCCGAAAGCACAGAAGGGUCAAGACUUGGCUCCCCCAAAAGCUGCAUUAACCACGGAUACUCAGAAGCUAAUGGACAAAACGAGUAUGGAGUCGAGCGCUGCGCAGGUUGAUCAGAAGUCCAUUCGAAAGAAACGAGAUGUACUGAUUGAGGGAACUGGGAAGGCUGAAGAAACAAAAGAACUUGAGAAAAUUGUGGAGAGUAAAGUGGUUAAGGGAAGGGAGACUGUCGAGAAAAUCAGAGACUCUGUCAUGUCUGAAACCACUGCGCCAAAGAUUGCACAGAUCGGAAAGGAGAAGAAAGAGAGAUCUUCUGGUGUUAAGGAAGAGAAGCCUAAGGAGGAUUUCAUUUCUGAGAAAGGUAUGGGACUAAAGAACGUGAUGGUUUCUGCAAAGGAGAGAGUGAAUGAUCUAGCCAAGAGCAUGAAUGAAGACGACAGGAAGAUGCUGAUAAAUAUAGGUGCAGCAGUGGUCGUGCUUGUGGCACUUGGAGCUUAUGUCUCCUACAGCUAUGGCUCCUCUGGAAAAUCCAAAAACUAGUUCUACUUAUCAAAAAAAAAAAAAAUCCAAAAACUAGUUCUAAUGUUAAUUUUUCCAUGUUAACAUAAGCUUAAAGUUGUAAUCAUAAACAAACUAUGAAUUCCAUUAUGCGGAAUAUAUAUAGCAGGCAAGGACUCUUGUGAAAUACAAUGAUAAUUCGAGACAUUCUGCACCUAA